CCGGAGUUGUCUCCUUUUCUUUCUGAACACUCACUGCUUCGAUCGACGGUUGCACGUCCUUCCGCCUUGUUCCUUCUACGCUCCUUUGCUCCAUGAUGGCGAAGCCAGAGAAGGGAACUGUCCUAGCGCUCGUCUCUCUCCUCCUGCUCUCGACAUGGUUUCCCGUCUCCCACUGCGCCAAGAAACCAGUCACAGUUGGCCGGAAAGAAGACAUUCCCUUCAUCAGAUGCCAGGUCUGCGAGAAGCUCGCGUCCCAGUUGCACGACCAAGUGCAGAAGAAGCAAGCUCAGAUCUCUCCAAAGAAGAUUUCCGAGUAUGAGAUAAUCGAGAUUGCGGAGAAUGUGUGUAACUUGAAGAAAGCGGAGGCUGAUUGGAUCUUGAAGAUUGACAUUGUUGAGAAGGGGGACAAAUUGGAGCUGGUGGAUGAAGAUACCGAAGGAAUAUGCAACUCGGAGUGCAAGACAAUAGAGAAGGCCUGUCAAGAGGUCAUGGGUUAUUCAGAUACAGAUGUUGCAGAGUAUUUGUAUAAAUCCAAGCCUACUGUGGAUUCAUUGAUUGAUUUUAUCUGUAAAGACUUGACUGGUGCAUGUAAAAAGAAGCCACCACCACUGCCUGCGGACAGGACUCCUGGAGAAGCCUUUAUGCCCAAACCCGCUAAAGAGGCUGAAAUGGAGAAGAUGCUCAGAUCUAUGGAGGGCAUGCCGGGAGCACCUAGCAUGAAAAUGUAUUCCAGAGAUGACUUGAUGAACAUGAAAAACUUAGGUGAGGAUGAUGACGACGGCGACGACGAAGACGAAGAUGGGGAUACCCAUAUCCCCUCAAAAUUGGGGAAAGUUUUGAGGGAGAAAGAGGGCAAGGCAGGGGACUGGAAGCAGAAGUUGAAGGAAAACAUCAAAACCACUGGAGAAGUAUUGAAGAGACAUGCAAAUAAGAUCUCAAACAGGGUAAGGCAAUGGUGGAGAGGGACGAAGAAGGCUGGCCCGAAGAAGGCAAAGUCGAGCAAGUCGGAGCUCUAACUACCGACUUCCUAUACAAAUCAUCGAUUGGAGACCUCGGAAGCAACAUUGCUUGCUUUUGAGGCCUGGAUUUUGCUAGCUAGCUGUAAUUUCAUAUGUAACUCGGGACACUUAUAGUUGAAAAUCUUUUGAGAGACACUGAGGAAGAGCUAAUUCAUGUUGUACGGAUGAUGAUGAUGAUUUGCUUUGUCUUCCAAGCUAUAGGUGACAAGUUUUCUCUACA